AUGGCUACUAAGUUCUUUCUUCUGUUAAUACUACUCUCUCAUGUAGCAUCCUCUCUCUCUCAAGGAUGCCACCCACAUGACAAAAAAUCCCUUCUCCAAAUCAAGAGAGAACUCAACAACCCAACUCUUCUCUCUUCAUGGAAACCACACACUGAUUGUUGCAACUCUAAUUGGCACGGUGUUAAUUGCAUACCCUAUAACAACCGCGUUUACUUUCUAAUUAUCGAAAUUGACAAUGACCUCGCUUCUUCCUUUCCUCCCUCUAUUGGUAACUUACCAUUCUUAGAGAGUCUACUUAUAUAUCAAUUACCAAACCUUACUGGCACAAUCCCUCACUCCAUAACAAAACUCACAAACCUGAGAUCCCUCACAAUCAGAGCAACUAGCAUAUCAGGUCCAAUACCAAACUUCAUUACCGAAUUGAAAAGCCUCACUUACUUGGAUCUUUCAGAUAAUCACCUCUCCGGGACACUCCCUCCAAGCCUCUCGCAGUUGCCUAAUCUUGAAGCAAUCAUCCUUCAAAACAACAAACUAACAGGUCCAAUCCCUCCUUCAUACGGUUACAUCAAAAACAUAUCCACUUUAUUUCUCACUCACAACAACCUUUCUGGGAAACUACCAAUCUCAUUGGCAAGGUUGAACUUGUUGGAUGUUGAUUUGUCUCGUAACAGAUUCGAAGGUGAUGCCUCGGUGUUUUUUGGUUUAACUAAAUGGACAGAAACAAUAGACCUUUCAUGGAACAUGUUUUCGUUUGACAUGGGAAAGGUGGAGUUGCCUGAGAGCUUAAGACUUUUAGGUAUGAAUCACAAUCGGGUUUAUGGGAAACUCCCUGACAGUGUGAAGAAUUUGCAGUGGUUGAAUGUGAGUUACAAUAAGCUGUGUGGUGAGAUUCCAAAGGUUGAUUAUUUAUCGAGUUUUGACGCGUCUGCGUUCGUUCAUAACAAGUGCUUGUGUGGUUCUCCUCUUCCCAGUUGCAAGUGA